AUGAAUUUCCAAGCAACAGAUUACUUAAAUGAUCUUUAUAUUGACGUUGAUGAUAAUGGAAUCUCACCGACGUUAAACGAUGGUACUUCACCAAAUGAUUUGGACUUAUUUUCUCAUUCAGACUUCUUUAACUUAGAGGCGUUUACUAAGAAGCAAGAUUUGCCAAGGGAAGAGUAUAUUGAAAAGAAUGAAUCUAUAACUGCUGUCGAAAUUCCGCAAAUUACAAGGGAUUCCACAGCAUCUACGCCCUCUUUUUUUUCUGAGCAAGAAUUUAUGAAUGUUAAUGCCGAAGACAAGAGAAAACGCAAUACUGCAGCAUCUGCGAGAUUCAGAAUUAAAAAAAAGAUGAAGGAGCAGCAAAUGGAACAAAGAGCGAAGGAAUUGGAAGAAAAAGUUGCUGCUCUUGAUAAGAAAUUGAAAACACUUGAGAUGGAAAAUAAGUGCCUCAAGAAUUUAGUAUUGCAGAAGAAUGAGAAGAAAAGCACAGAUCUUUUAGACAGUAUAAAGAAAAGGUCGAUGGCAGAUUCUAACUCUGUGUUUCAGUACACCAGCUGA